AUGUCUUGUUAUGUACAAUAUUGUCACGAAUGUAACAUUGCUAUUUGUAAGGCCGAAACAGAUACCGAUGGGGUAACAUAUUAUCAUAUCAAAGUGAAUGUUGGCGAUGUUACUUGGAGUGUACAAAAACGGUACAAUGAAUUUUUGGAACUGCACAAAAAAUUAGUGAAUGAACAUACUGUGACCAAAGACAUACUGCCUGGAAAAAAAAUAAUUGGGAACAAGGAUCCGAAUUUCAUUGAAAGACGUCGGGUUGGCUUGGAAAUAUAUCUACAAACUGUUUUGUCAUUUUUACAAAAGUCAAUGCCUGAAGAACUAUUAGAGUUUUUAGAAUUCCACAAGUAUGAUGUAAUAUUAAUUGUCAAGAAACUAGCCGUAGAAUUUUUUAAAAAUGGAGAUGAUUACCUUUUGAACGAUAAUGGUUUUAAUUUUAAUGUAUUGCUAUUAUAUGCAAUUAGUGAAAGAUUAAAAUUACCUUGUCCAGAUAGUGAAAAUAACGAGUAUAAUUUCAGCCAUGUAUUAGAUUUUUGUUCAAAGUUUAAAUAUUUAGCAAUUAAAGGAGGAAAUCAUUAUGUUGGUACAAGUAAUAUAAUUUACAAUAAAUUAAGUUUUGAGCUAUCAUCUUUUAAGAAUGUGAAGAAAUUUGAAUGUUAUAAUAUUGCCUAUAAUAUGAUAUACAAUUUAAUGACAUUACGGGAUACAGUACGUAUAAUUACAGUAUACAAUUCAAAGCUUAAGACUCCUGAAGAUAUUUUACUAAGUGAUAAUGUUCAUAAAGAAUGGUCCUCUGACAUGGAUUCUACUAUGAUUUGGAAUAAAGUAAAAGUAGUUGAUUUCAGUUGGAAUGAAAUACUAACAUUAAAAAGUCUUACAGUUUUAACCCCAAACGUUAAAACAAUAAAUUUAAAUGGAAAUUUAUUGAAUACUAUUGAAGAUCUGUCACCCCUUAGUUAUCUCAGUCAUUUAUCACUAUCAAGUAAUAAUAUUACAGAAGUACUCGAUCUUCAUACAAAACUAGGAAAUGUUAUAUGUUUAAAUCUGUCUUCAAAUAAAAUUUCUAAUUUGGAAGCAUUUUCAAAAUUAUUUUCACUAGAAAUGUUGGACUUGGGCUCAAACUUAGUUGAAGAUAUAGAUCAGUUAAAACACUUGAGUGGGUUACAAAAUAUGAAUUAUUUAGUUUUGUCUGGAAAUCCUGUAUCUACGGUAGUUGAUUAUAGAAUUAAGGUACUGGGGAUACUGAAAAAAAGAACUUCAGAUUUUUGUUUAGAUAAUGAGCGACCCACUCAAAAAGAGCUAGAUACUGUGGCAAUAAUGCAUGCAAUAAAGGUCGCCAAAGAAGGAAAAACAUUAUUUGAUAGAUGA